CUCCGCGUCGCGAUGGGCAGAGGGACCGUGCAAAUGCUGCUGCUCCUGGGGCUGUUGCACUGGGGCCCCGGCGGGGAUGGCAGGAAGAGCUGGAGGCGGCGUGGACAGCAGCAGCAACAGCAGCAGCAACAGCAGCAGCAGCAGCAACACCCGCACCAGCCCGCAGCCAGAGAGCGGAGUGAGGCGGCUGGGCAGCCGGUUGAGAGCUUCCCAUUGGACUUUACCGCCGUGGAGGGGAACAUGGACAGUUUCAUGGCUCAGAUCAAGAGCCUGGCGCAGUCGCUCUACCCUUGCUCAGCUCAGAACCUGCACCAGGAGCUGAGGCUCCACUUGCUGCUCAACAGUUCAGUCACCUGCAACGAUGGCAGCCCUGCCGGCUACUACCUCAAAGAAUCGAAAGGCAGUAGAAGGUGGCUGCUAUUCCUGGAAGGAGGCUGGUACUGCUUCAACAGAGAGAACUGCAACACUCGGUAUGAGACAAUGAGAAGACUUAUGAGCUCCAAGGAGUGGCCUGUUACUAGAACUGGAACUGGCAUACUGUCAUCACAACCAGAAGAAAAUCCACACUGGUGGAAUGCAAAUAUGGUUUUCAUCCCAUAUUGCUCAAGCGACGUCUGGAGCGGUGCCUCUGCCAAGACUGAGAAAAAUGAAUUUGUUUUCAUGGGUGCCCUUAUCAUACAAGAGGUUGUGAAGGAGCUGGUGGGAAAGGGCCUUGGAAAUGCCAAGGUGCUCUUGCUGGCAGGAAGCAGUGCUGGUGGAACAGGGGUCCUCCUGAACGUGGAUCGAGUGGCUGAGCAACUAGAAGAAAUGGGAUAUCCUGGGAUUCAGGUCCGUGGCCUUGCAGACUCUGGCUGGUUCUUGGAUAAUAAACAAUAUCGUAGAACAGACUGCAUUGAUACCAUAACCUGCGCCCCCACAGAAGCCAUCAGGAGAGGAAUUAGGUACUGGAGUGGACUUGUUCCUGAACGCUGCAAAUUGCAGUUUAAAGAAGGAGAGGAAUGGAAUUGUUUCUUUGGUUAUAAAAUUUACCCCACUCUCCGAUGUCCAGUUUUUGUGGUCCAGUGGCUCUUUGAUGAAGCCCAGCUCACCGUGGACAAUGUGCAUUUGACUGGCCAGCCUGUGCAGGAGGGGCAGUGGCUUUACAUCCAGAACCUGGGCCGUGAGCUGAGGAACACCCUCAAGGACGUGACAGCCAGCUUUGCUCCAGCUUGUUUGUCUCAUGAGAUCAUCACACGCAAUCACUGGACAGACAUCCAAGUGAAAGGGACCUCCUUACCCCGUGCUCUGCACUGCUGGGAUCGCAGCCUCCACGACAGCAGCAAGAAUGGGAAAGCCCCGCUGAAAGGCUGCCCCAUCCAUUUGAUCGACAGCUGUCCCUGGCCCCACUGUAACCCUUCAUGCCCUACCAUCCGGGACCAGUAUACGGGGCAAGAGAUGAAUGUGAUCCAGUUCCUUAUGCACAUGGGCUUUGAUGUGCAGAAGAUGGCACAGCAGCAAGGUCUGGAGCCCAGUAAACUUCUAGGGAUGCUGAGCAGUGGUAGCUAGGAGAGUCUUCCACUAAGGAGGACUGUGUGACUGCAUUAGGAGAAGGAACCUCGGAGUUCCGUUCUCAGACCUUCUGUCCUCCUUCCUCACUUGCAUCCUGUAAGCAUCCACACAGACAAGCCAGCAAGGGCACGCACACACAUUCUUGCACAGUUAGCAUGUCAGGACAAAGUUGUCAGGGUCUUGACUAUACGUACCAUACCUCUACUUCAGGGGACAGGCUCAGCCAAGCAGAACCUCUGUCGGCAAUAAUUCACUAAGACUGCAGGGAGCGGUGAGUGCAUAGACAUGGCAGCAUCAGGAAUCCUCUCCAGGGCUGAAAGAACUCUACACAUUUUAUCACUUGCAAGAACUUUUCACACCACAGACUGACCUGGGGUGGAGGGGAAAGCACUGGACUAUUUGUCCAAUUAGUAGUGAAGGUAUGAUUACAUGACUUCCUGGAGGUGAGCAUCUCACAAUGUAACAUAAUGUACAAACCAAGCACACAGACUAGGAACGGACUUAUCUUGUACUCAAUUUACUUUUGUAUUAUUUUAUAA